AGAAGAAAAGGAGAGAAAGGGAGAAGGGAAAGAAAGGGAGAUGGAGGAGGAGAAGGAGGAGGAGAGAGGGAGACAGAGAGAGAGAGAGGAGAGGGUGACCAAACGGAGGGAGGAGGGAGGGGGAAACGGCGUAUGCUUGUAUACAACCCUGAUUUCCAUUUUUUUCCCAACUCGUAAUGUAUUUAAUUCAAGUGAAACGUAAUCAUGACGUGUCGUGUCAUUAAUCUCCUCGCCGCCUCUCCCAAAAUUAAAGGAGGAGGCUGCCACAGAAGAGUGUCCCCUGUCAGCCAAGACACUAAAGAAUGGCAUAACAUCACACACACUUCUGAGGAUGGAUUCUCCGCCAGAGUGUGUGUUGUCUCUUUCUUGUGAGCAGCCCCAGUCUCCCCCGACACUGCCGUCCCUGGACCACAGCCCCCAGGCCUCUUCUCCUCACACCCAGCUCUCUCUACCUGACAGCCCAGUCGUGCUGCCCAUUCAAAGCCCCGAACCUUCCCCCCAGAGCCCGGACACCACGCCUUAUUUCCCCCUCUCUCCCUUCCCCCUCCACGAGGACAACAACAACAAUCACCACGAUAUUGAUGAAGAAGAUGACGAGGAAGGGUUGGAUGGAGUACCUCCAUCCCCGACCCCUGCGGUGGCUCUGUUCCCAGGAGGAGGGGGACAAGAGGCUGGGUGCAGCCCUUGCUUGGACUCCUCUCCUCCAGCCACACCAUCCGCUCCGGCCCUUGGGUUUGGAGCCCUGGAGCUGGCCCUCUCAUCUGGGCCGAGUGGAAACUGCAACGACGAGCUAGACCUCCAGCUGUUUCAGAAAGAUACUGUCACCAGGGCGAUACCUGGAGUGGGAGCGGCUUCACCGGGGCCGGCGCUCAGGUUUCCCUGUCAUGUAUGUGGGAAGAGAUUCCGAUUCCAAAGCAUUUUGUCUCUUCACGCCCGAGCUCACAGUCUGGACCGAGACCGCCGAGCUUCAGCCCUGUACCGUACUGGACUCCCCUCAGCACCUCUAAAGCAGCACCUCAAAAUCCAACAGAACCACAAAGACUUAAUCCCGAAUCACAGAAGUCACCCAAACCAGCGUAUACUGCCAGGGACUCUCAUCCAGCAUCUCACAGAAGAAGAGGAUGAUGAGGUCAAAGGUCUAGAUGACGGCCUACACACAGACCAGAACCCAAACUUUUUGCUGGAUGACAGCACACCUCUGACCCCUCCACUUACAGAGGACCCUGUUUCUGUGACCCCUCCCUAUUCCUCUACCAUUGGGGAGGGUGCGUCUACUCCUUCAGCACCCACGUUCCGCUGCCACGCCUGCAAAGGAAAAUUCCGCACGGCUUCGGAGUUGGCACGCCACGUCCGCAUUCUCCACAACCCGUAUAAAUGCACUCUUUGUCCUUUCUCUGCCAGCCAAGAGGAGAGCCUGGCAUCUCACUUGCAGGAGUGCCACCCUUCCCCUGAGGUACCUGCUCUGCCGCCGGCCUUCAAUUCCAGGGCGGUCAUUGCAACCCCAGAUACUCCUGUGCCCACCCCGACCCAUACCCCAGCCCCGACCCCAAGUACCCCGCAGGUGACAGUGGUAGCUACAGCGGCUGCGUCCCCUACACUGCCAGCAUUUCGCUGUGAUACUUGUGGACAGCGGUUUACCCAGUCUUGGUUCCUGAAGGGACACAUGCGAAAGCACAAGGACUCCUUGGACCAUAAGUGCCAAGUAUGCGGCCGUGGCUUCAAAGAGCCUUGGUUCCUCAAAAACCACAUGAAAGUACAUCUCAACAAGCUUGGGCUGAAGGCCGGGCUGGGAACCCUUGGGGGACCGGGAGGUGCGGAGCAGCAAGCCAAAGGCUCUGCUAGUAAUCAGUCUCUCAACGCCCUCUAUUCAAGCCUCCUUCUGGCCCAGCAAAGAGGUGGGAGAGGUGGACAAGGAAGAUCAGAGAGGGAAACUGGAAGCAGAAUGGGGAUGGGCUCGAGCAAGUCAGCCAUCCUGGGAUACCUUGGGCUGCCCAGUGAUGGGAGUGGGGCCAGCUGCAUGGAGAGACUUCAAGCAGUGGCUCAGGUGGCAGAGAUGGGCAAUGGUGGUGGUGGUGGCUCAGGAGAAGGAGGCCCAGGAAGAGGAGGGGGAGCAACUAGAGGAGGCGGCACAGGUGAAACUACCGCAUCAAUCUCAGAAGGAGGUGACCAGGCAACUUGGUGGCAGCUGGUGGCUCGCAGCCUGGCUGUAGCUCAGCAGCAGCAGCAGCAGAGGCCCCAGCAGCGAGGCCAGCAGCACAGCCAGCGAGGCCCCGGUCGGAGCUCUGUGAUCACAGAGGCCGAGCAAGUCAGAGCCUACCUCGGAGGCCUGGAUCCAAGAGAGGAGUCUGGCGGUGCUGGAGGGCCCUGGGAAUGCCCAGACUGUGGAAAGCUAUUCCGCAGUCUGCAGCAGGUGGUGGUUCAUGCUCGCGUUCACACUCAGAGGCCCCAGAAAGGAGGCGGCGGCGGUGAAGAGGAGGGGAGUCGUAGAGCAGCAGGGCUUGGAAGAGGAGGCACUGGUGAAGUGAGACAGGAAUCUCAGCUACACGGUGGCGGAUCCCAACAAACGGGGGAAGUGAGACAGGAAUCAAAACUGCACAGUGGUGGAUCACAACAAGCAGGAGCAGCUACGGGAUUUCACUCUGUCAUCUCAAGCUUCAAAGGAGAAAAUGGCCUGACAGCAGUCUCCUCCAUACCUUCAGUUCCCACCAGGGAGCGAGUGCGUGGCAGAGGGAUAAAAGACUGCCCCUACUGCGGUAAAGCCUUCCGCUCUUCACACCAUCUCAAAGUGCACCUGAGAGUUCACACAGGUGAGAGACCCUACAAAUGUCCCCACUGUGACUAUGCGGGCACCCAGUCAGGCUCGCUGAAGUACCACCUCCAGCGGCACCACAGGGAGCAACGCAACGCUUUGUCAGCCUCCUCCAAUUCCUCCUCCAGUGGUCUCACCUCCACCAUCAACAGUCUGACCUCUGGAACCUCUGGGCUGGCCAAGCAGCGCAGAUCACAGCUCAAUCACUGCCCGGUGAACCGAGGCCCAACCGACGCCCCCACCUCUCGGCCCGGCCAGCAGUCCUGGCUCUUGGGGCUCCCAGACCAGCGGGAGCAUCGGAAGGCCUUGGCAGCUCUAAGGGAUGUCGACUUGGAGACCCAGUACAGGUAUCUGUCUGGGGUGAUGGGGGCCCUUUACCAAGGUGGAAUGGAAGGAGGCUGGAUCAGGGAGUCUCCCCCACCAAAGGCCCCUAAAGUGUCCCGUCGGAAGCCUCUUACUACCAGCCGAAUGGUUCAGCCGUCGAGUGACAAGGACGGACCUGCGUCUUCAACCCAAGAGGGUGGGUUUGAACCCCUGGACUUGUCCCGUCGCCCCUCACCUGGCCUCGGAGGGAUGGAGGAGGAUGGAGGCAUGAGUGUAGGGGAGGGAGGAGGUGUCAGUGGCAGGGAUGGCAUUGGGGAUAGUUCAACAGGAGUCAAACUGAGCCAGUGUUUGUUCUGCCCGUUCCGUACGUCCUCAGCGGAGCUAAUGGCCAUGCACCUCCAGGUCAACCACACCAGUAAAUCCAGGCGCAAAAGAGCCCCCUCUACCGCCUUGGAUGAUGAUGGAGCCCCAAAGGCCACCAAGCACCGCAUGGAUCAGCCUGACCUCGACUCUCUGACAAUAUGGAGGCAUGCGACAGAGGCAGAGUCCCAGGCACCUUUGGGGGAAUGGUCCUCAAUGCAGGCCAAGACCCUGAACGGGCUCUCUGAGGAUACAGAGGACCAUCUGGACGACAUCCUCGACCACCCGGACGUGGCCUCUGUAUCCAAGAAUGUCAGAGACGGUCUGGUGUUCAAGGGGAAGAUGGAGGGGGAUGAGGAAGAGCAAGAGGAGGAGUUGGAAGAGAAUUUGGAGAACAGCAGUCUGGAGGACUCAGAGGACCAGGAUCUGAGGAUGUCUCUUGCUCUUUCACCAGCUCUGAGCUCCAACCACAUGGUGGGAGAGGAGGAAAGAGUCUUAACAGAUUAAUUUGGGAUGACACCGUUUAAAUUGGAGAGUUGGGUUCAAUGUUUUCAACCACAUUUGACACAGGAUUGAAGAAGGGGCAGGUAGCUUUGAGAACGGAGGAUUCUUGACCCCUGAGGGUUUGGAAAAGGACAGAGAGAAACAUCACAGCUGUUAUUUUCCCUCUGACAUUAUUCGUCUACUUCAGUUCCGACAGUGUGGUCAUCCACAAAAUAAACUUCCUGUACAAAAGAGCAUAGAUGCAUCUUUUCGGGAUUUUGUAGGCCACUUUCUAUUUUUUUUUUUUCCAAGCUUCACUCCAACAUGGAUGAAUUUUUAAGGUGAUCUCCUGUUUGAUAAAUGAAAGGAACAUGUUUAAGAUCUAAGGCAUAAUUCCUGCAUCAUUCCACAUUUAUUCCACAUUAAUAAUAUUGGACUGUAUAUCUCAGACUACUAUACUGACCAAGCUAAAGCCAGCUGUGAAGAGAUGCUCUCCUGACUGACCCCUGACCAGUUUGAAACCUCAAACUUCAAGUUCCUCCUCAACCUACACAGACGCGGGGGAAAGUUUAGCCAGAAAGGUUUCAAGCUGUGCACCUCAGCUAAGCUAUGUGGUAUUAAUUUAAGGCAUGAGGUAACUGUUGCAGGCCAUGCGCUUUCCCUCGACUAUAUAUCACUGCCUUGUUUGUCUGAAAAGUGUUUCUACACGAUUGUCCUGAAGAAUAACUGAAAGAAACGUUUGUAACUUUUUUUUUUCUUUUUCAGUUAGUGCCUGUUCAUGUGCGUUGUCAAGAGAGUCUUUGGUAUUCCUGCGCAUCGAGGCUCCGAUAGGUCACUCAUUUUAUCUGAAUAUACAGUUUAAAACAAUUUAAGUACAGUAUAUUUGUUAAAAGUGGUUCUAGGGUGUUGUGAAUAGUUAAGUUGUAAAAGAAAUGCUACAUUGUAGCGCCACGUCCUCGACGUAGAUGGCGGACGUUUGUGGCUAAGCUUGAAAAGAAAACAAAAAAAGUAGGUGAUAUACAUAAUGUGAUGAAAAAAGGUCAAAAGCUGAGUGAUAAAAUGGGGUCAAAAUUCAGUGUUUACAAUGGCGCCGAAUGCGGGUUGGGUUGUCAAGACAACGUAGAUGCGUGGAUAGGAACAAAACUCAGAGCGAGAGUCCGUUCGAGGGCCGUAGCCUCCGAACACAAUCAACUGACGUUAUUUUAAAGAGACAGAGACUUAGCAACUGUGUCAAAAAAGGAACAAUUUCUCCACAGGAGAAAAGAUACAAGGUAGAGACCGAAAAAGAAAGCAGUACCCCUGCCAAACAGGACUUAAUCUGAGAAACAAACUGUACUCUUGAGGGUAUGGUGUCUUUUAGAUGAGUAGAUUCCCUCUCUUCUUCUUCUUUUUUUUUAUAAGAAAAGAAAAGACAAUGGUAGGAAUAAUUAUUAAAACACUAACAAAUGCAUAGACAUCCCAGUAGAAUAUGUGUAGCUUUUGUAAAGACAAGAAAAAAAAAAGCAGACUUUUGUUUAUUUUCAUUUCAAGAUGCUUACAGAAAAAGGUUAUCAAUAUAGGUAAUAUUGAUUAUAAUGUUCGUGAGCUAAGACUAGUUGGAAUGUCUAUACAGAGCACUGUGCAAGGUUUGAGUUCCCAAAGUAGUUGUUUUUAUUUUGACUUUAAUCGAUAGACCAAACGUUUUUUCAAUGGAAGUUGUCACUUUCUGUUGUCGUUUUAAAUGUGUAAAGCUGUGGUUUCCAUAGAUCUACCCCAUCGAUUAGUGGAGAACGGUCGAUCAGUUGUAUCAAAUAUCUAACCGUUGAACUGGUUGUUAAAUUAAGUUCACAUUCAAAGUCAUUUUUUGUGUGUAAACAUCAACACGUCCAACACAGUCUCACUCCAACCUCGUCACAUAUUGACGUUCGGGUCAUGGACUUUCCACUUCCAGAUACCAUGUGCAAGGUACCCUGGGUGCGUUGGUUGUUGAUGUUCUGGGACACCGUGUCAAGUUCUGCCUGUUACAUGCGCUGUCAUCUUUCAAAAUACACUUCCGUUUUCACAGGAAAUAUAUAGUUUAUAUACAGCCUCUCUUUGCCCCGUGAAUUGACAUUUUGUUUAAACUUCAACAACUAAUGCAUGUCUUUAGGUAAAGGCAACAAAAGCUCAUGGUUAGGUCUACAAAAAAAAGAACAGAGUUUGGCUUUAUAAUCUUACGGGAUGCAAACACCGCUCUUGGGGUGAAUGUCAAUACUUGUCGGACCCAUCCACCAACCCUCCCAACCGCCUGACUCGGACUUUAACUUCAGUUCUUGUGCUCCUUCCCGCUUGGCGCUAACCUAUAAUGGCGUCCAACCAUGUAUCAUGCCAACGUUAAAGGACGACUUUUUUCCUGGCACUGGAGGUCACUGCCAAAAGCGGGAUUUCGAUGACUUUGGCAACACAUUCUCAUCCCGACCUUCUCACAUAACCAUGUUUGAUCAUGGAUGUUCCACAUCCACAUAUAACGUGCAAAGAGGGUGCUUCCAUAUUCACAGCAAAUUUACCGUUAACAUACAGUCUCUUUCAGAAAAAAUGCACUAUAUCUGCGAAUUAAGUUUUUUUCCCUUCAACAAAGUAUGUGGUUGGGUUUAGGAAAAAAAGAACAGGGUUCAGCUUUAUAAUCUUAUGAGACGAGAACACUGCUCUCUCGGGUGAAAGUCGGUGUUUGUUUGACCCAUCCACCAACCCUUCAGAACACCCUACUUGGACUUUUUGCCGCCUUAACUUUAGGUCACGUCCUGCUGUGUUUCCCCCUGAUGCUGCUGGCCACCAUUAAACUAUAACGGCAUAACAGCCGUAUCAUGCCGACAUUAAAGGACGGCUUUAUUCGUCUGUGUCUGAUGCUGAAAGUCGGAUUUCGACGACUUCGGAGUGAGACUGGGUUGACAUGUUCACUGCUAUAAAUGAAAACAAUUAUUUGCCAUUAAUUCUUGUGUUUUCAAUAGGAAAAAUAUAAACUAUACACUCUAAAAAAUAUUCAUUCCGUUGGUCAAAAUCAAAACAUCUUUGAUGUAAAAUAAAUAAGUUAGAAUACCUUAAACAUAAAAAUUUGACCACCAAAUACCACCACGACUUUUGAAUAAAUAUUAAGUUGGUUCAACUUAAUUAAGCUUUUCGAUGUUGAAGGUCUAAGGCCAGAGUUGGACGUACUUAAAAAGAUGCAAGCAAAUUGUUACCUUAAUUUCUUUAAGUUGAACCAGCGGAUUCUUCGUCACGUUGUCAAACAACCACUAUUUAUCUUCUCCCACUACUUCUUGAUGGGGUAUUCUAUGAUUGCAACCUCACCUUAAUGUGCAUUAAUGUGUUUAAGUUCCUUUCUUUAGAGCACCUUAUGAGUUUCGUAGUGAAAAGUCCCUUAGUGGUGUCUCCUUAACAACUACUGUCAAUGCCAUCGUGCCUUCUGUUUCAAGCACUUCCUGGUGUAUUUUGUAAAACUCACCAAAAGCACUUAGCCUAUAUCUACACACUCUUUUCUUCUUCCUCACUGUCUUCCCCCCUCCUUUCUCCUCUUUUCUCUUCCUCUUCUCCUUCAUCACCUCAGAACCAUUCCCUUAAUCUUUUUCUCGUGUCUUUACCUCUUGACCCCUCUCUCCUGAGGGAAGCUGUUUUCAUACCAGACUUCUCUCUACUGUUCAGGCCCGUUCGGCCUUAAACAAGGUCACUAGGCCUUAUUACAAUCUAGCAUGGCUAGACUCUUGAAAGAAUGGACUACCUAACCUUUAGACGAGUAAAAUAGAUGUAGGGUUAGUCUACUUUUGGUCUUUAUACUAAUCCUUUGUAAACCAAAGCCCAAGUCUAAUGAAUAUUAUAUUUAAUCUCAUAAAUGUGCCAAAACAUGUCCGAGGUGACACUAAAGCUCAACUUGAGAAAACGAAAUAAUUCACUUCUCUCUUUCAACUUUCUUUAACCCAUCCUCCCCUCUUCUCUCUCUCAUGCUUGCUCUUCCUCCAUGUCGCUCUCUCGUCCGUAAACUGUCGAUCUCUAGCACCACUUGAAGGUGACGUGUACUAUCUGGUAUUGAGGCCUUUAUUAGAUUUUUAUUUCAGUUCGUGUGGUGUUUGUUCAAUGCCGUUGAGAUGGAAAAAUGCUCUUCUUAUAAUGAUAAUUAUUAUUGUUUUGGCAUUAUGGUUAAAAAACAAAACAAAACAAAACAAAACAAAAAAAAAGAGACAUGUGUUGUUGAAUGUUGUACAGAUAGCACUAGAGAUGUUGUGUUUUUUUAAAGAGAGCACAAACCUGAGUGAUGGUCCCUUCUACUCCUCCCACCGGCAGAUGGGAAUAAAACAGCCUGCCAAUCAAUCUAGAUGUCUAAUGACAAAAAUGUCCUCGGUGAUGACAGAUUUUCAAAACAAAUCCUUUUGUCUAAGUAGCGUUCUUCUCUGGAGAUUUGAAUGUAAAAAGGCAGCCUUCGAGUCAAACUCUACUCCCAAAUUUUUCACACAGAAAACAAAUCCUCUCUGAAAGACUGAAGCAGCACUUGAGCCAAUAUUCUUACUCUUCUGAAGGUAUAGUUUGAUUUCAGAGUCACGUUUUUGCCUGUUUACUAUGAAACAUAUGGGUGACUAUAAUGUAUCCAUAAGCAGUCUGUGCAGUAAGUAAGUCAAACAGGAAGUUAAGCCCACUUUGGCUCAUGUAUCCAUGGGAUCAGUAGGAGUGUCUUUGAAAACUGCUGAAAUACACCUUAACAUUAUUCCAAAGAUUUACAGCUGGUCUAUUUCAACCUCUUGUUAAAUUAAAAAAGUGUUAAUAGAGGUGAUAAUUUCACAUAAAGUCGUGAGAUGUUGUCAAACUUCUAUUUUUGUGUGCCACCAGCCACAGUGCAGGAAGAUAGAAUUGUUCCAAAAUCCCCAGUGGUAAAGGCGUAUUUCCCAGUUUUUGAGAGGCACUCCUACUUAUAUGGAAGCAAAAAAGAGACAUGAGUAUUUUGAUUUUAAUUUGAACAACCAAUGAAUACACCAUUGAAUUCAUAGAAUUGAAAUAUUUCUCUUUGAAAACCAGGUACCUGAAUUUAUUUGUUCUGAAUUAUUGAAUUCUGAAUUUACCUCUUAAAAACAUAACAUUUCUUGAUCUGCAAUUUUAAAAGCUGAAUUUGGAUCAUUUUUUCAAUGUAAACAAAAUCAGAUCAAAAACUUCAAGUUUAAGAAUUUCAAUAGAUAAAAUAAAAUGACAUAAAAUAAAAUAAAAAUAGAUUCAGUUUGCUGAAAACUGACAAGUCAAAAAUUCAAAUAGCAAUGUUUAUUUACAAUCACUUGCACAUAAAUAGCAGAAACCGGAUGACUUACUGUCCCAUCGUCCCAUCGUUCUCCCUGGUAGUCAUCUGUGGAUUUGAAUUUUCUAACCAUUUUUUGUGCUCUAAUAGGGCUGAAGUCGGUUCUUUUGCAUUUAAAAUGUUGCUCGUGGAUUUUUUUUUUUUUUUAAUUGAGAAACCCAGAAAUUUUUGAUCUGAAUUUGUGAACAAUGAAAAUAUAUAUAUAUAUAUAUAUUCAAAUUCAGCCUUUUGCAAAUAAAGAAAUUCAACCAGUUUGCAUCCCAACUAAUCAAAUACUGAUGCUUUGUCAGUGUCAAAAUGUAGUUCAUUAUUCGUAGACAACGUCUCAAUUGACGGGUUGAUACAUGCAUUGUGUCUUUUUCAUAAUAAAGUUACAUAGGUAAAACACUUUGGUUUUAGGUUUAUUUCCAGAAGUUUAGGCAACAAAAGUUAAUGGUAAGGGUUUAAAAAAAAAUUAAACAAAUACAGUUGUUACUAAUGUAAUGUAACGUCAGGUGUCAUGUGACAUACAUCAAAAGGUCAGUUUAGACGCAUGGUUUUCAGAGUAAAGUAUAUCAAUGCUGAGUUAAGUGGUGUUUAAAUUUCAAUAUUCAGUAUUCACGUACUUGCUUCCGUACACUUCCACUGAUUGAGCAAACUACCGUCAAAGUUCGCAAGAAGACGUAAUAGUGCAUUGCUGAGUUCGUCUGAGUUUCAUAAAUGGCAAAAAAUCUCCACAAAGCAAACUAUGCCUUUACAUUUGCACUUGAUUUCAGCUGAAUAAAAUGUGGCUCCCUUUUCAAACACCUGAAAAUUUGCACCUUAUCUCCUGAUUGUGAAUCAGAUAAUUUCACCAAAAGCAGAACGAUUUAGUGGCUAUCAUGGGCUGACCCUCCACACACAGUAUCUGUAGGUCUGAUUGUUUUGAAGGCGUCGUUCAUUGUGAAAUGACAAAUCUUUGCGAGCUGAGGGGGCCAUGCUGGGUUUGGGCUCUUGUGUAGUUGACUGCCAUUGCAGUGAGGGAAAACUGAUCUAACAUAGUAGUGACUAAUAUGACUUUGUGGACAGAUAAAAAAAAAAUAAAAAUAAAACACAUUAGAAAUAAAUAAAAACAUGCAAAAUAACCCCGUCUCUGUUUUUCAUGUCUUUUUACACCUGAUGCCAUUUCACUCUUACGUUUGAAAUACUCAAGAUGGUAAACACACCAUAUGAUGACAUCAUAAUCCCGAGACUUCCGACCAAUCAUCAGCUCUGAAU